AUGGACUUCCUCCAGCGCCUCGCGCGGGCUCUCGACCGGCCCCUCUUCCCCUGGAAGAGGCUCAUCAUGGGCUUCUCCAUCGGCGAAUACCUCCUCGAAACUUUCCUGACCCUCCGCCAGUACCGCGUCCUCCAGAAACCCGUCGUCCCCAAGGUCCUCGAACACGAAGUAUCGCAAGAAGUCUUCGACAAGAGCCAAGACUACGGCCGCGCCAAAGCCCGCUACUCCCUGGUCAACAACCUCUGGGGCCUCGUCCAGAACCUCGCCUUCAUCCAAUUCGACGUGCUGCCCAAGAUGUGGGAUUUCGCCGGUGAUAUACUCUUACGCUUCGCGCCCGAGGGUUUCCGCGGCGAAAUCUCCCAGUCCAUCGUCUUCGUCCUCGCUUUCGUCCUCGUCAACCAGGUCCUGUCUCUGCCCAGCUCGAUAUACCAUACGUUCGUCCUCGAGGAAAAGUACGGGUUCAAUAAGCAGACGCCGAAGCUCUUCGUCACCGAUCUGAUCAAGUCCAACAUCUUGUCCGUCGUUCUCAUCCCUCCCAUCUUGGCUGGUUUCCUCACCAUUAUCAAGAAGACGGGUGAUCAGUUCUUCUUCUACCUCUGGCUCUUCACUUCCGGCCUCCAGGCUUUCAUGAUUACCGUUUACCCCAUCUUCAUCCUGCCCCUCUUCAACAAGCUGUCGCCCCUCGAGGAGGGAGAGCUCAAGACCGGUGUCGAGGCCCUCGCUGCUAGCCUAAAGUUCCCCCUUCAUGAACUCUACGUUAUCGAUGGAAGCAAGCGCAGCGCCCACAGCAAUGCCUACUUUUUCGGUCUGCCCUGGAAGAAGCACAUCGUUAUCUAUGACACCUUGAUCGAGAAGAGCGAAAAAGAUGAAGUCAUUGCUGUCCUUGCCCACGAACUUGGUCACUGGCACGAAGGUCACACUACGAGGCUCUUUGGCAUCACUCAGGUCCACUUCAUCUACAUCUUCUCUCUCUUCUCCGUCUUCAUCAACAACGCCUCCCUCUACUCCUCCUUCGGCUUCACCCUCCAACGCCCCAUCAUCAUCGGCUUCCUCCUCUUCUCCGACGUCCUGUCCCCCACCGAAUCCGUCAUCAAGCUCCUCAUGAACAUCCUCAGCCGCCGCUACGAGUUCGAGGCGGACGCCUUCGCCAACCGUCUGGGACACAAGGCCAACCUUGCGCGAUCUCUCGUCAAGCUCCAGAUCCAGAACCUGAGCACCAUGGACGCCGACUGGAUGUAUGCCGCGUAUCACUACUCGCACCCCAUCUUGAGCGAGCGCCUCAAGGCCCUUGGGUGGACGCCUGAGGAGAAGGUUUCGAAGGAGGAGGAGCCUGCUACGGCGAAGGCAACGGGGAGGGAUGAGUUGUGA